CCGGCUAACCUGUAGCCGACAGAGACGCCAUUAUUCCGGGGAGGAAAACAGACAUCUGCGGCAGGUAGAAAGCGGAAGUAUCCCGCUGGCCGAGCCCGUGUCGUCCCACCUGUCGCUGCUGACUGAGAACAGUCGGCUCUGGCUGCUGUCCAGCUGUUAAAGUCCUGGUUUUAGCUCGUUUUCUGGAAGGCGGAAGUCGAUGUGAGCUACGCAGGGUUAGCAUUAGCUCCGCGUUAGCUCCGCGUUAGCUUCACGUUAGCAGCCAUGGCGGCGGCCGGCAGGACCUACUCGUUCAAGGUGGUGCUGCUGGGGGAGGGCUGCGUCGGGAAGACGUCUCUGGUUCUGCGAUACUGCGAGAACAAGUUCAACGACAAACACAUCACCACGCUGCAGGCGUCCUUCCUCACGAAGAAGCUCAACAUCACAGGAAAGAGGGUUAACUUGGCCAUUUGGGACACAGCAGGUCAGGAGCGUUUUCACGCUUUAGGUCCGAUCUACUACAGAGACUCCAACGGAGCCGUACUCGUGUACGACAUCACCGACGAGGACUCCUUUCAGAAGGUGAAGAACUGGGUGAAGGAGUUGAGGAAAAUGUUGGGGAACGAGAUUUGUUUAUGUAUAGUAGGUAAUAAAAUAGAUUUGGACAAAGACCGACAUGUUUCAGUGGAAGAGGCUGAGAGUUAUGCGGAGUCUGUCGGAGCCAAACAUUACCACUCAUCAGCCAAGUUAAAUAAAGGCAUCGAGGAGCUUUUCCUGGACCUCUGUAAAAGGAUGAUGGAGACGGCUCAGGCCGAGGAGAGGUUGAAGGGCAACGGAGCCAGCCAAUCAGCAUCGAGUAGGCGGGGCGUCCAGAUCGUCGACGACGAACCACAAGCCACGCCCGCCGGAGGAUGCUGCUCCUCUGGCUAACACACACACACACACACACACACACACACACACACACACACACACACACACACACACACACACACACACACACACACACACACACACAUGCUUGCAGACAUAAUGUUCACACACACAUUUGAGUCUCUGUUGCUUUAAAAUCCUAAAAAAAAAAUAAUAAUCCCGACUGUUGUUGCUGUGUUCAGUCAGCGCUGCCUCUGCUGCUAAGGAGCAUGGGAAAUCCUAUUUAAAUGGUUUAAUCGCUGUUCCCUUCAAAAUAAAAGCAUCUCAUGAUCAAGAUGAGAAGUUAAAUUUGAUUCAAAGCACUAAAAUCACUGUAGUUUCCUACAGACGCAGUGAUCUAAACCACUGACGCUGUUUGUGUGUUUAAACGUCCUGAAUAAAAGAGCUGAAGGAACUUUAACGACAGAAAA